GAAAAGCAAAAGAGGGCCUGUUAAAUCUUACGAUGAUUGGUUAGGACGCAUUUUAUGAAGGAGGUGCAAAUGACCUACUUUACUUAUGGGUUAAGUCAGUUGACCUAGAUACAAUAGAUGGCUGACCAGAUCUCAAGAUAGCAGAGGAGACAACAUCGCAAGGCAUGGACAUUGGUGCAAUUGUAAAGGAGGCAAGAUCUCCCUCCAAAGCUUUUAACCCAUUGUCGAGGGGUGUUGUCAUGAUGUUAUAGCCACCCUCUUCGACACUGACAACGAUAUAAAGAGCGAUAAAGGUGGUGGAAUGGUGAUGAUGGUAGUGGCGAUGGGGGUGAUGGUGACGAUGAUGUUUGUAAAGAGGGAAUCAGAGGCCUCUUAAGCCCAUUCACUAAGGUGACGUGAUGGAAAUGAUGGCAGUGGCGAUGGGGGUGAUGGCGACAGUGAUGUCCGUGGAGAGACUUAGAGUCAAAGGCCUCUUAGCCCAUUCAUUGGAGAGAAAAUUUUAACCUCCUCCGCCGCCGCCUCCUGCCCCUGCUACUCCUUCCCCUGUCGUUGACAUGGAAAGUGAUACAGCAGAAUGUUUCCCUACAGUGGAUAUUGCACCCUUCAUAGGCAGGGAUGAAAUGUUGCACAAGUCUCCAGUGAGGGAGCCCAUUGCAAAUGAAGGAGAUGCCAAUCUAGAGCCCAAUGUGGGUAUGGAAUUUGAGUCUGAACAGGAAGUGUAUUCAUUCUAUAAUGAAUAUGCUAGGCGUGUUGGCUUUGGUGUCACUAAAAGAUCCACCCGUUAUUCAAGGAGGGACAAAUCAAUAAUUGCUGGGUUUUACGUAUGUUCCAAGUAUGGUUUCAAGGCCGAGAAUGGAAAUAUCAAAAACCCACGACCGGUCACAAAGGUUGGUUGCAAAGCAAUGGUAAAAGCGAGGAGAAAAGACUCAGGAAAAUGGGAAUUGAUUGAGGUUAUCAAAGAACAUAACCAUCCUCUCACCCCAGAGAAUGUGCAUUUUUUUCGAUCACACAAAAAGAUUUGCGCACCUCAAAAGAGAAACUCACGCACUCCAGGAGUACAAACUGAUGAGUCCACACCACAAUCGAACAAGAAAACUGCAAUGAGCAAACAAUCUGAUGGAAUGAACAAUCUAGGAUUAACAGGCAAAGAUCGUAAAACUCCAGCAGAGAAAGAGCGGCGGAAGUUCCUUGCAGAAGGAGAAGUGCAAGCUAUUCUUGAGCAUUUCAUGCAUAUGCAUGUGUUGAAUCCUGCAUUCUUUUAUGCAACAGAAGUAGAUGAGGAACAGCAUCCAAAAAGUGUUUUUUGGGUUGAUGCAAGGUCUCGGACUGCUUAUACAUACUUUGGUGAUGUGGUUACCUUUGACACAACGUAUUUAACAAGCAAAUAUACUGUGCCGUUUGCUCCAUUUGUAGGAGUGAACCAUCAUGGACAGCCAGUGUUGUUUGGUUGUGCGCUUUUAGCAGAUAAGUCAAAAGAGUCCCUUGUUUGGUUGUUUAAGACAUGGCUUACAGCUAUGUACGGAAGGCACCCAAAGGCAAUAAUUACUGACCAAGAUAGGGUCAUAAAAGCAGCAGUCGCAGAGGUGUUUCCAGAAACCCGGCAUCGCCUUUGUUUAUGGCGCAUUAUGAAAAAGGUUCCAGAGAAAUUGGGUCAAAUAUGUAGAGCCAAUCCAACAUUCAAAGAUGAUUUUCAUGAUUGCAUAUAUGAUUCUCUGACAGUUGAUGAAUUUGAAAUGAGAUGGGACAAAUUGAUUAAUGAUUUCAAGCUUGGGAAGCACGCAUGGCUUCAAACAUUGUAUGAAGAUCGUCAACAGUGGGUUCCAGUCUUCUUGAAGGAUACGUUUUUUGCUGGGAUGUCUGUUUCACAUCGAAAUGAAAAUGUCAACUCUUUUCUCGAUGCAUACGUGAGUGGAAAAACGACAUUGAAAGAGUUUGUAGAUCAGUAUGAGGUAGCUCUAAAGAAACAGAUUGAGAGGGAAACCCAAGCGGAUUUUGAGACUUUCCACACACCACCGUCAUUGAGGUCACCGUCACCUUUUGAAAAGCAAAUGUCAUCAGUUUACACAAAAGACAUAUUCAAGAAAUUCCAAGAUGAGGUUUUUGGAAUGUCUGCUUGUUGUAUAAAUAUUGUGCAGCAGGAAGGGGCAUACACAAUGUUCAUCGUUAAAGAAUGGGAAGAUUUUGAGAAGAUGAAGGGAAGGGAUUACAAAGUUAUGUGGAAUGGGCAUGAAUCAAGAAUUUCUUGUAUUUGUCGUUUAUUUGAGUUCAAAGGCUUCCUUUGCAGACAUGCACUUGUAGUCCUCCUCACUGCAGGCGUACCAAAGAUCCCGUCGCAUUAUGUUCUGAAGCGUUGGACAAAGGAAAUGAAGAAUAGGCAUGUGUUGGAAGAAGAUUGUGCUGAACAGGCAUGUGUUGUUGAUCGCCCUGAAACUAUGGAACAGCGUUACAAUGACCUAUGCCAACGAUCCAUUAAAUUCGCAGAGGAAGGGUCAUUAUCCGAAGAGAGCUACAACUUUGCAUUGCACAUACUACAAGACUCCAUGCAAAAGCUUGUAGAUGCUCGUAAUUCUAUUGGGAGACUUGCACCCAGAAUUGAAACAAGUGUGCCCAGAAUUGAAACAAGUGGACCCAGAAUUGAAGCUAGUGGGCCCAGAAUUGAAGCUAGUGGACCCAGAAUCGAAGCUAGUGGUAGUCAUUACCGAGUCGAUGGAAGUCAAGCUAACAAUAUGGCAAACCUCUCAGUCCUACAACCUGCCAAUCAGUGUUACACACAAGAAAGUUGGCAACAUAUGGGACGAGAGGAUUUUGACCAUAUGGGUAGUAGUGAACCAGUCUACCACACGAGGAAGUUCUACCAAUAGGUGAAGCUUUUGGACAUGCUAUUGAAGGCAUUGCUGAAAGAUACACCAAGGGAGCUCAAGUCUUUCAUGGGUGAGCCAAGGAAGGCCCUUUGCAGGGAGCCCACCGCCACCCGCCCAUAUUAAGCUGGCAGAACCAUGUUAGAGAAUUGUCAGUGGGUGCCAGUAGUGGGUCAGCUUCCAUCUCAGCAUCAGAAAUCCCUUAUCAUCAGCAAAUGGGGAAGUAGUUGAUGUUGUCAUUAUUACGGGAUCUUGAAAGUGUAGUUAGGCUUGCAAAUAGGUCGAUGUACAAUGGAACUAACAUCAUAUAUAUUGCUAGGGCGUUUCUCGGUCAGUUUCAGUUUAGGAAUUUUAGCACUAAUGAAAGUGUGAUCAGAAGAUUCCACUGUUUUCUCAAGGUGCAUGUCAUAAACGUAGAUCCUACAGAGGCAUUCUUCUAAUCUAUCGAGAGUUUUAAGUUGUGUAGUUUUUAACUUUGGAAUGUAACCCUUUCUCUGGUGGGGUGUGCUGGGUGUGAUUCUUCUCCUUUACUGAUGUUA